AUGAUAAUGAUCUCGCUGAAAUAUCUCCGACAACAAAAUCGCAUUUUGCCGCUCAGUAGUAACUGAGGAUCAUAGGAGACGCGUGUUUUAGCAGUUAUACCUAUUCAUGUAUAGUUCAAACAGAAUAAAAUGAAAAAAUAAAAACAUUCACCAAAAGCAAUUUGGAUGUGCCGUGUCAAUUCAAUUACUAACGCCGAGCGCUUCAGUACCUCGUUGAAGAUUAGGGCAAUGAAAAAGUAUUGCAGGAAAAAACCUAGCAAACAUUUAAUAGACAGAUGAAUUCAGCCAAGAGGAUUCCACUGUGUGAAGCUACCGAGACGCGUCCGGGCGUCACUGUAACAGAUAUGGACACCGUGCAAGAGGAGAAUGAUAAUGACAGUGAUGAGUCGUCAUACUCCGACCUGGGGCAUCUAAGGGAGCGCACCCAGGCAAUGUUAAGCCCAGUUCAGGAACCGCUUAUUCAGAAUUCCUUACCGAACAGUCGACGUGUCUCCCAUGACAUAGAUUCCAAACUCGCAGCUAACCUUAACACAAGGCGACCCUCGGCGAUAAUCGCAGCGUUUCGGCGCCCCUCACAAGCUCUUGCACUAUGCGCUGCUACGCAAAGACGUUUCCUGUCGGAGCUGUCGCCGAACUCGCGAACCUCUAUGGCUUCAACCCACGAGCACCCUGCAUCUGCCGCGGAAAUCAUGGGCCACGAAGCGUUGAGCAAAGCACUAUCUGCAUUAUACGCUAAACUUUUAGUGGUACUUGGAUUGGCAUUUCCAGUAACUGAAGUUAUAGCAAACGGUGUACCAGAUGCUUAUUAUCAGGGAUUUUACAUGUAUCUUUACUUAGUAUCACUCAUAUUUGUGAUAUUUCAAUAUGCGAACUUAAUGCGAGAAAAGGCAUUCAACGUACUAAUUAAUAACAGAGAUGUAGUAGACAAAGAAGAUAAAAACUGUACCGGCAAAGCUACACCUACUGAAAGGUUGAAAGAAAAGGAAACAAUAUCUCGUUAUGGAAGUUUUUACUUAAGGCUCGGGGCUAUAGCUUUUGGUAUCGGAUCGAUGGUGUACAGUGGAUUGGAGUUCGGAGAAUAUUUUGAAAUGUCUGAUCGUUGCCGCUCGGUGUUGGCUGCGCUCACUCCAGCGUUACGCAUGGCGUUAACACUCGCUCAAAUGCAGUUCAUAUUUCUAACAAACAAAGACAUCGAAGUCGGGAGCUACAAAAUGAUACAAAGAUUUGGAUUCAUGCAUAUGAUCGCAACAAAUCUAUGCGAGUGGCUGUACGUUCUCGUUGAAGAAACAAAACAUGAAAUAAAUCAUCUCGAACAUUCAAUGUUUGCUGAGUCUAGUAGUACUCACAACAGUACAGACGACAUGCCUUGCCGGCGAUCAAAUAUUAUGGGCACACUUGUACAGAACGCAUCUCCAUUUCUAUUUCCAUGUACUAUUGAAUACUCACUUAUCUGUGCUGUUAUUUUGUACGAAAUGUGGAAAGAGGUUAAAUGCACACCUGAAGAUUUUGAAAAGAAGCUUAUACAUUCUAAAAGCAAAUCCCGUAAUAAUUCAGUAACUCCUGAAAAAAUUUUACAACAGUUUGCUGGUAUGCUGGGUGUAACUUCACCUCACGGCAGUCGAACUGCACUACACCAUUUCUCAGUAGAUUGUUCACACGCACAUAGAGGACUUUUCGCUGGAAUACUCCUUAUUGUUCUGACUAUCAUAUCAUUAAUCAUGUUCUUCGUCCUUGCGAGCAUCCCGAAUACAGUCAAUGACGCAAUAUUCCAAGUAAACAUAUGCGAGUUAAUAUUGUACACGUUAAGUAUAUUAGCGUCUGCAACGGCCUUAAAACAAAUGAGAGUGCUUCCAUACAAAAGAAAAACACAAGCUGUUUUAGUACUAGAUACGUCUUUACUAAUUCUUGCGCAGUCUGGAAUGUUCGUGUACUGUAUGUUCAGCCUUAUUGGGUGUCACCACACGAUCAAUAACAGCAAUGGGGCUGGUCUCACGGGUUUCUUCUCUGAAUUUUUAUCUUUGAAUCAGACAAUUUUGCAGUCACUAUUCAUAAUAGACGCAUGGUGGCGCAGAAGUGGCACUUCAGAGCAAAGAAGAAAGAAACCAGGGAGACAAUUAGUUACGUUUCUUCUUGUAGCAAACAUGGCUAUGUGGGCAAUCAAUACGCUCGAAAAGAAUCGUGCAGAAUUCCGACCAGCCCACCUCGCUUUCUACGGGCCCUGGGCGUGGACAAUCAUCACUCACGUCUCCAUGCCACUCGCUAUCUUCUACCGAUUUCACUCUACCAUCUGCCUCUUCGAGAUCUGGAAAAACAGCUUCAAAAAUAAACCAAUAUAUUUAAAUAUAUGACACAGUUUUUAAAAUAUGAAAAUAAAUGAAUAAUAAUA